UCAUUUUCCUUUAUACGCCUAAGAAUAAGAUGAGAAUCCAGAUCUUCUUAUACCAGCGGGGAUGGCUUUCAUAAUCUUGCAAGUAAAGAGGGCUACAUCUUCUAAGUACAACGUAACCAUGCUGAGAAGGGCAGUUGGAAAAACCUUGGGCUUCCUCGGGUACGCUGUUCAGUACGGCUGUAUAGCUCAUUGUACAUUUGAGUAUAUUGGAGAAAUAGUAAUAUGUUCUGGACCUUCAAUGGAGCCAACUAUAAGGAAUUACGAUGUUUUAGUAUGUGAUAACUUAAGUCGCCACUUAUUUUCCAUUAACAAGGGGGAUGUUAUAAUUGCAAAAAGCCCAAACAAACCAAGUAUUAACAUCUGCAAGAGGGUAAUUGGAUUGGAAGGCGACAAAGUAUGUACCAGCAGCCCGUCAGACCUCAUCAAGAGACACACUUAUGUUCCAAAAGGCCACGUUUGGCUAGAAGGUGACAAUUUAGAAAAUUCCACAGAUUCCAGAAGUUAUGGACCCGUCCCAUAUGCUCUGAUAAGGGGCCGGAUUUGUCUUCGGAUAUGGCCUGUUCAUUCAUUCGGCGUGCUGGAGGACAGUCCCACGGGGCGCAUCGUGCAGGAUAACUGACGCUAACGUUUCCGCGUUAGUAUUUUAAUGUCUUCUAAAGAAGAUUCUAAUUAUUUAUAUCAAUGACUUUUUAGAUUUACAAUAAAUGUCUUUUUACUUUAA